UUCCAGUUAUUAAACUAGUUCACAUAUAUCUUCUAGAUACCAAAUACCAAUGCUUUAUGUUGCGUUUAGGAAGAUUUCGCGGACUAUUAUGAAAUCAAAGAUAUGGCUACCAGUCACACCUACGCCGGAAAAAUCGUAUCGAAAAAGUUGCUAAGAAGAGUAACCGAGAAGAGAAAAUGACCCAAGAGAUAAACAUCCACAGAAGCGUCAAUCACAUACUGAUACAUAUCGUCGGUUUCCACUGUUUCCAAGCUUCCUUCGAAGACGAUGAAUUCGUCUACUCUACGUCGUAUUAGAAUUAUGCCAUAAAAGAUCUCUGGAACUACACAAACGCCGAAAAGCUUUAACCGAACCGGAAACCAGAUACUAUAUGAAACAGAUACUGGACGGUGUGCUGUAUUUACAUGAUAAUGGAAUUAUUCAUAGAGAUUUGAAACUAGAAAGUUUAUUUUUAAACGACGAUAUCGAAGUGAAAAUUGGCGAUUUUGGACUCGCUAUGAAAAUCGAAUACGAAGGCCAACGAAAUAAAUUUGGGCACACCCUCACCGCCUCAACAUGCCACAAGGCUUUUAUGAGGGGAAUCAGCAUAUCUACAUUUGGCUCCUGAAGCAAUUACUCGUAGUAUGGAGGAACAUAGCAUAAAAUUGGACGUUUGGUCUCUUGGAAGUAUUAUUAAAGGUACACGUUACUCGUCGGCAAGCCUCCUUUCGAAGCGAAUUCUUCACGAGAAACCUACGAACGUAUUAAACGCUGCGAUUACAAAAUCAAAGCUCCUGCUGCUAAUCUAAUCCUCUCGAUGUUUUUACCAGAUCCUUCGAUAACACCCACAGUCAAGCAAAUCAUCAGCUCUGAUUUUUUUCAAUGGUGGCAGGUUAUUGCCCGGUUUCGUGCUUGACUGUUGCUCCUCGAUUCAAUUCUAUGCCGGUAAAAAAACGUGGUCGCAAACCGUUGGCUGAAGUCAAUAAUGGAGGUAAAAACAGUCCAGCUUUGGUCAAAGCUGAAGCAGGCACCGGAGACGUUGAAAACAAAGCCACAGGUAUCAUGGCCACAACCGGGGAAUGUAACGAUCAGACGAUCACCUCAGAAUGUUGCACACGCAAUUAAAAAAAGUUUUGGAAUGCACACCGUCGCCGCAUUGCCAAAGUGAAACUGAGGAAUUAACCGAUCCGCUGCUCAACCCUUCGUCUGAAUUAGUAAAUGGGUCGACUAUGCCGAUAAGUACGAUUUCGGGUAUCAAUUAUGCGAUGACGGAGUAGGCAUGAUGUUCAACGAUAUAAGUCGUAAGGGUAUUGCAAAUGUCAUGGAACCCUUGGGUGUUAAUCUAAAUCUCCAAGUGCUCUGCCUGCAAUACAGUUACGAAGAUCCUCCCGAAACCAUCCAAGGAAUAGCCUAGAGUUUAAUGGUGCACAUCACCAGCAGAUUACCACCCAAUCAAGAAUUCCACAUUAUUGGUUACUCAUUCGGUGGUAUGGUUGCAUUAGAAGUGGUCAGACUAUUAGAAGAAGAAGGAAGAGUCGGUCGUUUAUGGUUAAUUGACAGUUCGCCCGAAUUCUUGAAAACUAUUACUAAAUUAAGUUUCAUAUCAACGACCGAUCAAAUCGAUAACGAAGUGCAAGUUAAACUCAUUCUUAGAUUUUUGGAUUUAAUUUGGCCCGAAGCAUCGAGCGAAAUCGCCGACCAAUUAUAUCAACUACCUGACUGGAAUUCUCGUUUAGAUUUAGUUAUUGGUUUAACACCGCCUGAAAUUAAACACAGUAAACAAUACCAACGAGCAUUGAUGACCGCCGGAUACCUUCGUAUUAAAGCUGUAUUAGAUUAUGUAGGAUUACCUGAAAAUUGCCUGAAAGCUUCGACUACUUUAAUUAGACCUACGGAGAUACCAUUACAAAUGGCUGACGAUUACAGUUUAUCACAGUUCUUCCAAACACCGGUCAAAGUACAUUUCGUCGAAGGAAAUCACUUCACUAUUUUAGAAAAUAAGAAAACUUCAGAUGUGAUCACCGAAGGAACUGUGUACCAUGAAAGGCUAAUGUUCAAAAACAAUCUGAACGAAGGAAAAAUGACGCCACUCGUUGCAAAUUCGAAGCAAUAAGCAUCGUCGCUUGCGAAUCGAAUAAUCCAACUUGAUUGAUUCCAUCCUGAAAUACAUCCGCCAAUUUAUUUUAGUUAAGUCGAAAA